AUGAAAACAAUUUUACCUUCUGAUAUUUGGAUAGCAGAUUUAUUAUUUUUACGUUCAAAUCGUUCUUUAAUUUAUACAGAAAAUGGGCAACCUUUAAUUACUGUUAGGCCGCUGGAAUUGAAUCAAUUUUAUGAGCAACUUUGUGGUUAUUUGGGCUGGCUUCUGAUUUAUUUGGCUGCUAUUAUUUUAAACUUUUUGUUGCUUAUUCUCUCACUUUUUGGAAAAAGACAAAUACGACAUAAAAAUAAGUCACAAUUUCUCAUUGGCAAUUUAGCUGUCUGCAACAUUUGUUUAGCGUUGGGAUUAUUUGUUUAUACAUUUUUAAUUGAUGUUUAUUACCAUGUAGAUUCGUUCGACACACUUUUACUUAUUAAUGGUGGCCAAGCUUCUUCAAAACUGCCUCGGUUUGCUAAGGAAAUUUGGAUUGUUGCUAAAUUUUUAUUCCAUACAGAAUUUGUAGAACAAUUCUUCACUGUGCAACAACUUAUUAUUUUACUCGCAGCAAUUUAUUGUUAUUUUACAAUUUUCUUCAAUUGCAACAACAAUUAUUAUUAUUUUUCAAAUUAUUAUGCUUCCUUCAAUAUUGUAGCUGUUGUUGCUCCUUAUUUAUUUUCUUUUGUAUUGCUUGACAAGAAUGUUUUGCAGCAAUGGUUUUGUUUGACUAAAAAUGCUGCUAAUGUUGUCAGGUGGGUUGGAGAAAAUUUUUAUAAUUUUUUGCUUCGGGUUUUUGCUUCAACUUUUUUUUGUUUCAAUUUUUUUUGUUUUAAAUCUUUAUUUCUUGCUUCAGUAUUUAUUUUUUGCUACAACUUUGUUUUUGCUUCAGCUUUGUCUUUCCUUUUUGUUUCUUCAUAUUUUGCUUCAAUAAGUUUCAAUUUAGCUUUAAUUCUUGCUUCAGUUUUCUGCUUUGUGUGUUGCUUCAUACUUGCUUCACUAUUUUUCUCAAUGCUAAUCUCACUUGUAUUCUCAACCAGCAGUUUAUUCACAAUUUCAAAACAACAACAAGAAAUUAAACAAAAUUUUGGAAAAAAUUAUUUUUCUGAUCUUUAUUCUUUUAUUUUCAUAUUUUUUAUUAUAAUUUGGAUUGAUUUUAUUUCAAAAAUUGGAAUAUUUAUUGAAUUACUUUAUGUUAAUUUUUCUGUUCGAAUUGUACUUGGAGAAGGUGAUGAUGCCGAGGAUUUUAAUUUUAAAAUUGAAACAUUUCUUGUUAAAUUGUUUGAGGUUGGGGGAAUAUUCUUGGUGAAACAUGCUUCAAACGCCUUUUGA